CUUGAAAUUCAGAAUCAUCCUUUUUUUGAAUCACUCAGCUGGAGUGACCUUGUGCAGAAGAAGAUACCACCACCAUUUAAUCCUAAUGUGGCUGGACCAGAUGAUAUCAGGAACUUUGACACAGUAUUUACAGAGGAAACAGUUCCGUAUUCUGUGUGCGUGUCUUCUGACUAUUCUAUAGUGAACGCCAGUGUACUGGAGGCAGAUGAUGCGUUCGUUGGUUUCUCUUACGCUCCUCCUUCAGAAGACUUAUUUUUGUGAAGUUUGCCAUUCGGAAACUGUCCAGCAAAUACAAGCCUACAAAUGGGAGUGGAAUGCCUCUGUUUGUGUGAAUAUAUUCAAAUAUGUUUAACAGUGCCUCAUUUUUACAAGUAAUGUUGAAAACUAUGAAAAACGUAUUUUCUGCUGUAUGCAAGAAGAUAGGGCAUUUCAAGUAGCUAAGUUUUGAAUU